GUUUCAUUCUCCUGUGAUUCGUCAGUAGGACUCAUUCCCUGCAACUCCACUGUAAAUUUCGAUACCUUUUGCUGUGUCCCUUCUUCUCUGCUGCUACACAGAUCAAAAUACUUUUCAUCUCACAAUACCUCCGGUCAGCGUACAGCCUAUUUUCCAGACGACACAUCUGGUAGGAGCUUAGAGGAUUUGAUUCAAGAGGAGCAGCUCAGAUCCUCAGGUGAUGUGGAAUACGAGUUUGCACAAUUGGCCUCCAAGUCCGGGAAAAAUGUGGAUGAUGAGUAUGAUGACGCCUUUGUCCCACGCCGUAGCCAUGCGGAACGGGACGCUCGUCGCCUCAAACAAGAUGCUAUAGCAGCUUACAAGCGCCGCGCGGUGGCCGAGUCUUCGUGCAUGGUGUGUCUGGAGCGUGUUCCAAAACACCUGGUAAUCAGCGUCGGUGAGAAAGUAUUUUUAUCACUCCCAGGACAUCUCAGUGUGGUCUCUGGCCACUGUCUACUUACGCCAUACGAACACAUUGGUUCUACCACACGCUUGGAUGAUUGCACAAUCCGUGAACUCAGUGCGUUCAAACGCCAGCUCGUGGAAAUGUGCAAAAAACAAUUGAACGGUUCCGGUUGCGUCUUCAUAGAAAAUGCUGUCCGUAUCGAUUCUCCUCGUUCCCAUAUCCAAGUGGAUUGUAUCCCAGUGGAUGGGGAUGUGUUCGACUCUUUACCUGCUUAUUUCCAGGCAACGCUAUCCGAAAUCGGAUCAGAGUGGGAUCAGAAUCGACGCGUACUCCGCCUAAAGCCUGGUGGUAUGGGCGCACAUGGUGCAGUUCCUCCGAAAUUGCCCUAUUUUGCAGUGGAGUUCGGUUUGCUUGGUGGUGGGCUGGUGCGUGUGAUCGACGACGGCAGAGAUAUUCCUUCUUACUUUGGCCGCGAAAUAAUCGGCGAAGUUUUGGGAAAGAACACGCAUUUUUGGCGCAAGCCCAAACCGGAGUCUUUUGAACGCUUAUGUGAGAAGGUUGUUCAGUUCGAAGCUUGGUGGACUCCCUUCGAUAAUUGGUCACAGCGUGAUCCCCGAGGUCGGUCAUCUGCAGAAUCGCGCGUGGAUCCUGUUCCUCCGCAUCCCCUAACUCCUGAAGGUCCUGAACUUCCUCCUAGCCUACCCUCCUAA